AUGGCUACGAUGUUUAGCAAGAGCUUGGCGCAAGUUCACCCAAAACUUCUCACAAAUGGUAUAGGUAUCGGAAACAACCACAGAAGGAUUUCGCUAGGUUUCCUGAAACCUAGCAAGCGCAACCCGCUGGUUAGAAAGUACACACGCACGAGGAGAAGGUACGGGCCGGACCAGCAGAGCUUCCGGUCACUUGGGGAAGACUUCGGCAGUACUGUCGCACGCGAAACCCCCCUAGAUGCGGUUGAUGAGGAAGACGAACGGCACUCCGAAGAUGGUGGGGAGCUGAGCCGCACGGUCUCGUUGCCGUCAAGGGUCAGUGAGACGCCGGACUUGCAGCCCGAGGUGGAUUGGAUUCUAGAAGAGCACGAGCGCCGGUACUCGUCCGUGCACGCUAGCGACGACGAAGAAGAAGAAGAGGCCCCACAUCAUGAGCCGCGCAAUAUGUAUAGUCACCCAUACUACGGCAACGACGAGGAGCAGCAUCAGGAAGAAGUUCUCGAAUACGACGACUUCAUGAAGCGUGUGCGACAGCAGUUGAUCUACGACGUGCGCAAAAGGCAGAGAAGUCCUUCUUUCGUCCCAGUCACGAGCCGUGGAUCAGUCCCCAACGUGUACGAAUCUACGCAGGAUGAAGAGGACUACAGUCAUGAGUCUGUUUCCUACGAGUCAGAGGCAAAGAUGCUUGCCUCGUAUGCGUUCCCGCUGAUCCUCACCUUCCUGUUGGAGCAGAUUUUCCCUCUUGUGUGCUCCUUGACCGUCGGCCAUCUCGGCAAAAAUGAACUGGCGGCCGUUUCUUUGGCGUCCAUGACCACCAAUAUUACCCUGGCAGUGUUUGAAGGAAUAUCCACCAGUCUUGAUACGCUAUGUCCACAAGCCUUUGGAGCUGGAAAUUACCGCGGAGUUGGUAUUCACCUGCAAAGGUGCAUUGCGUUCUCAAUGGUGGUUUUUAUCCCCUUUGGUUUCAUGUGGCACUUCUCCGAGUUCUUCCUUGGGUUCGUGGUGCCUGACAAAGCUCUUGUGGCCCUUACCUCCAAGUUUCUCAAAAUAGCCACGCUCGGGGCCCCUGCUUACAUUAUUUUUGAGAACCUCAAGCGCUUUCUACAAGCGCAAGGCAUUUUUGAUGCUGGCAUCUACGUUUUAUUGAUCUGCGCGCCUCUUAAUGUUGUAACAAGCUACACGUUAGUAUGGAAUUCGAGGAUAGGGCUAGGCUACAUCGGAGCCCCAAUUGCUAUGGUUUUGAACUUCUGGCUGAUGCUGACGCUCAUGUUACUCUACAUUAUAUUUGUUAACGGAAGAAAAUGCUGGGGCGGCUUCAACAAAAAGGCUUUUACUCAUUGGAAGGACUUGUCACACCUUGCCAUUCCCGGCAUUAUAAUGCUGGAAGCAGAAGACCUUUCAUAUGAGAUAUUGACGCUUUUCAGUUCCUACUUUGGAACAACAUAUCUGGCUGCACAGUCAGCGGUUUCAACAACUGCCGCGCUUAUGUACAUGAUCCCAUUCGCCGUGGGUAUCUCAUCUUCCACUAGAAUUGCAAACUUUAUCGGUGCAAAGAGGCCUGACUGUGCCCGCAUCGCCUCAGAAUUGGGAAUUUCGUGCUCGUUUCUUGUAGGGAUUUUCAACUUCACCGUACUCAUGACUGGGAGGAAGGUUAUUGCACAUGUUUUCUCCAAUGACGAGCUAGUUGUUAAGCAGAUCACGAAGCUUUUACCCUUGGUGGCAUUUAUUGAGAUAUUUGACUCGUUGAACGCAAUCGCUGGCUCCUGUCUGCGUGGCCAGGGCAUGCAGGCUAUUGGAAGCAUCAUAAACCUAGUAGUAUACUACUUAGUGGCAAUUCCCUUAGGUGUGUUACUGGGUUGGACUUUUAACCUGAAGCUCUAUGGCCUUUGGAUUGGGAUUGGAACAGGUAUGUUCCUAAUAGGAGUAACCGAGGCAUACCUCGUGCUAUCCCCUAACUGGGAGAAGAUCUUAGAGCGCGCAGAAAUGCUUAAAGAAGCUGAUGAUGAAGAAUCCGAUGAAGAAUUCGAAUAUAGCGACUCGGACUCCGAACCUUCUGAGACUACAGGCUUGCUCCCGGUCAGAUAG